AAACAGUAUCAUUAUACAGCUCAUUUCUUCACUAUCAUUGCUUCAAUCCUUGGCAUUUUCGCCAGAUACAUUCUCUCACCUGUCUUUAGGCAUUUUCUACCCCGUACUCAAAUCAUUCCGGUUCUUAUUCUGCCAAUUUGUCUCAACACUUAUCGGUGCAUGAGGGGGAGCGCGCCAACAUGUCGUUCGCGAGCUAUUCCCCGCCAACUACCCGUCAUGUCGACAUGAGCAAGUCAGAGUCGGAUUUGGCGAUUAACAUUCGUAAGGCGACGAAUAUCGAGGAGACCGCUCCCAAACGCAAGCAUGUGCGAAGCUGCAUUGUUUAUACGUGGGACCAUAAAUCCUCUCAGUCCUUUUGGGCUGGAAUGAAAGUGCAACCUAUACUUGCAGACGAGGUUCAGACGUUCAAGGCGCUCAUCACUAUCCACAAAGUGCUACAAGAAGGCCACCCGAUCACGCUUCGCGAAGCCCAAGCCAACGUCAAUUGGCUAGAAAGUUUGACCAGAGGAAUCAGCGGAGAUGGAAUGAGAGGCUACGGACAGCUCAUCCGGGAAUACAUAUAUUUCUUGCUGGCUAAGCUCGCUUUUCACCGGCAGCAUCCUGAAUUCAAUGGAACUUUUGAAUACGAGGAAUACAUCAGUCUCAAAACCAUCAAUGACCCGAACGAGGGAUACGAAACUAUAUCCGAUUUGAUGACACUACAGGAUCAGAUUGACACGUUCCAAAAGCUCGUCUUUUCUCAUUUUCGGAGCGGCGCAAAUAAUGAGUGUCGAAUCUCAUCCUUGGUUGGACUGGUGCAGGAAAGCUAUGGAAUCUAUAAAUUUAUUACUAGCAUGCUUCGGGCCAUGCACACCACCACUGGUGAGGAUGACGCGCUCGAGCCCCUGCGAUCACGGUACAAUGCCCAACACUAUAGACUUGUUAAGUUUUACUACGAGUGCUCCAAUCUGCGCUAUCUCACUAGCUUGAUUACCGUACCGAAACUCCCGCAAGAUCCACCUAAUCUUCUGUCCGAGGAUGAUGAACGGCCAGCUUUACCGCAACGUCCCGCCAAGGAAUUGGAGAAAGAGCCCACGCCACCUCCCCCUCGUCCGGCCUCCAUUGAUCCUGAGCCGAUCAACGAAUUCUGGAAAAAUGAGCAGCGACGGCAGCAGGACGAGUAUGCAGAAGAGCAACGACGGCUGCAAGAACAGUGGGAGGCUGCGCAGUAUCAACAACAAUUGCAGGCACAGCAAGCGCAAAGGGAAUUUGAGGAGCAGCAGAGAAUCCAAGCAGAGCAACAGCGACUUGCCCAGGAGCAGCUCAUGCGGGACCAAUUUCAGCAACAGACACAGGGUCGGAUGGCCGAGCUGGAAAGGGAGAAUCUCAAUGCCAGGGCCCAGUAUGAAAGGGAUCAGCUGAUGCUCGAACAAUAUGACAAGCGGCUGAAAGCUUUGGAAACGGAACUUGCGCAGCUCAACACAAACUCCCAGCAACAGAAUGCUUCCAAGGAUGACCACAUUAGGGCUCUGCAAGAGCAAGUGAAUACGUGGCGGUCAAAAUAUGAGGCGCUUGCGAAGCUCUACUCUCAACUACGCCAUGAACACCUGGAGCUUCUACAAAAGUUCAAGCAAGUCCAGUUGAAAGCAUCUUCGGCACAAGAGGCAAUUGAUCGCCGCGAGAAAUUGGAGCGUGAGAUUAAAACGAAGAAUCUUGAACUCGCUGAUAUGAUCCGCGAAAGAGACCGCGCCCUUCACGAAAAGGACAGACUCCAAGGGGGCAACAAAGAAGAAUUGGAGAAGCUCAAGCGAGAGCUUCGCUUCGCUCUCGAGAGAGCCGAUAAUGCCGACCGUGCAAAGGGCUCCGAGCUUUCUUCCAUGCUUGCGAAGUACAACAGAGAGAUGGCAGACCUCGAAGAAGCCCUCCGGAACAAAACGCGCGCCCUCGAUGACAUGCAGGGCAAGGUUGGAGAUCGCGAUUCAGAUCUUGAGCGUACGCUUCGCAUGAAGGAAGAGGAACUCGAGAUCUUCAAAGCCGGCAUGGAUCAGACUCUUUUAGAGUUGAACGACUUGAAGAUGUCCCAACAGCACACAGACCAUGCCUUGGAUGGGCAAAUUGACACGCUGAUUUUAGACAACAUUCGCAAGAUUAACGACAUAGUUGAUUCGGUGUUGCAAAGCGGAGUCGAGAGAGUGGACGACGCUUUAUACGAACUCGAUUCACCCAUGCAGGCUGGCAAUCAGAACGCGUCGCCGGCUUAUGUCCUGUCUACGAUUGAAAAAGCGUCUGCCAGUGCUAUGGAAUUUUCGACCGCGUUCAACAACUUUAUUGCCGACGGCCCGAACAGCGAUCAUUCCGGAAUCAUACGUACUGUUUCCGUUUUCUCCGGAUCGAUUGCUGAAGUACUCAGCAACACCAAAGGCCUUACGCGCCUUGCUACUGACGAUAAAAAGGCGGAUCAAUUAACAACCGCCGCUCGUCAGUCCGCCUCUUCAACCGUGAGCUUUUUUAGGGGCCUCCUUUCCUUCCGCUUGGAUGGUCUCGAACCGCUGCAAAAGACUGAUGUUGUCAUCAACAACAAUAACGAAGUGCAAAUUCAGCUGCAGAAGCUGUCCAAGCUGGCAGAUACAUUUGCACCCAAGAGCGGAAAGCUCACCAACACUACUGGCGACCUCGGUGACCUUGUCGAUCGCGAAAUGACGAAUGCUGCAGCCGCCAUUGAAGCCGCGACGGAGAAACUGACUAAGCUUAUGAACAAGCCGCGCGAUUCGAGCUACUCGACCUACGAGUUGAAGAUCCACGACUCGAUCCUUGAAGCCGCCAUUGCGGUCACCAACGCUAUUGCGCAGCUCAUCAAGGCUGCAACGAUCUCUCAGCAAGAAAUUGUAAAGGAAGGUCGUGGCAGUUCGACCCGAGCCGCAUUCUACAAGAAGAACAACCGCUGGACCGAAGGCUUGAUCAGCGCUGCCAAAGCAGUCGCCACUUCCACCAACACGCUGAUUGAAACAGCAGACGGUGUUAUUAGCGGCCGCAAUAGCCCUGAGCAGCUCAUCGUGGCCAGCAAUGACGUCGCCGCUUCAACCGCACAGCUGGUGGCUGCUAGCAGAGUCAAGGCUACCUUUAUGAGCAAGACGCAAGAUCGUCUCGAGAGCGCCAGCAAGGCUGUCACCAGUGCUUGCCGCUCCUUGGUCCGGCAGGUUCAAGAGAUCAUCAGCCAACGUAACAAAGACGAGAACGAGGUUGUAGAUUAUACCAAGCUGAGCAGUCACGAGUUCAAGGUUCGGGAGAUGGAACAACAGGUGGAAAUCCUCCAGCUGGAAAACAAUCUCGCCCAGGCCAGACAGCGUUUGGGAGAGAUGCGCAAAAUUUCUUAUCAAGAGUAGUCUGCAUCUCCUCGCCUCUAUUUGCACUAUGAACACUUGUCGUGCAUGAUUUGCCAUACUCUUCAAGCUUGUUUUUCGCGUCUUUGCGCAAAUACCACUCUUCACUAUGUACAGAAUAUUUAAUUUCAAGUUAAGUUUGUUAGCAAAGUAAAAUUUUUGCCGAAAAUGUUUUUCAUCAAAGUGCCUCCUUUUCGUUUACGCGUCUACCCCGUUUACUUGGAGAUAUUGCGCAAGAUCUACAUUCUUCUUGUAAUCUACAUUUUACAACUCUCAACAGCGUCUGCUCAAACCUCUGUCUCUGCGCC